AACAAACACAACAUUGAAUUAUAAAAUCCUCAAAACCCUUUCAUUCUUCUCAUUCACCUUUCUCUUUCUCUUUCUCUCUGCAUUUUCAAUCAAUUUUCAUCAUUCAAUCAAUCAUGAAGAUCAGUAACAACUUGAUCGGAAUUCUCAAUUUCCUAACCCUAAUUCUCUCAAUUCCUAUCCUUUUAACCGGUAUUUGGCUCCACAAACAAGCCACUUCAGAAUGCGAAAGGUUUCUAGAAAAACCCAUCAUCAUCCUCGGUGUUUUUCUCUUAAUCGUUUCUCUAAUGGGUUUCAUUGGUGGUUGUUGUCGUGUUACAUGGCUUCUCUGGUUCUAUCUCUUUUUCAUGUUCUUGCUCAUCGUUGUGCUAUUCGUUUUCACCAUUUUUGCUUUUGUUGUCACUAACAAAGGUGCUGGUGAAUCUCUUUCCAAUAAGGGUUACAAAGAGUAUAGACUUGGUGAUUAUUCUAAUUGGUUGCAGAAAAGGGUUAAUGAUAAUGGUAAUUGGAAUAGGAUUAAGAGCUGUUUGCAAUCUGGAAAACUUUGCAUUGACUUUCAUUCCCAAUUUCUCAAUGAUACUGCUGAUAAAUUCUACCUCCAGCACUUGAAUGCUCUUCAGUCUGGAUGUUGCAAGCCUUCAAACGAUUGCGGUUUUACUUAUCAGAACCCAACAAACUGGACGAUGCCCGCAGGUGGUACUUAUACCAACCCUGACUGUGAUACUUGGACUAACGAUCCAAAAGUUCUGUGCUUCAAUUGCAAAUCUUGCAAGGCUGGGUUACUGGAUAACCUCAAGACUAAUUGGAAAAAGGUGGCUGUUGUCAACAUCAUAUUCCUGAUUUUCCUAAUCAUUGUGUACUCCAUUGGCUGCUGUGCCUUCAGGAAUAACAGAAGGGAUGGUUGGAAGAGAUACUAGUAUCAUUAGCAUGUAGAUGAUUUAGGCCAUUUGGUUUUACUUUUAUGGUUUUACUUUAUGUCAUGAAUUUCAUACUGUUUUCAGUACAGUUUGACUUUGCUGUUUAAAUGGCUCAAUUUUAUCUUACAGUUUCCUAUUUUCAUCUA